UUUAUCUGAAAUCUUCAUAGCUUCAUCAUGCGUGCAUAGUUUCAUACUCUGGAACAAAAUUGGAAUUUGGAGAGUCCUUGUAUUAGUAAACCAACCAUGGCCACUUUACCUUUCUUCAUAUUUUCUGUCACACUAGCUUAUUUCAUAAACCUUAUUAGUGCUCAGUCCCAUGCAAACUUCAGCAUUCCCAUUUGUGAUCCAUCAAGACUCUCAAGUCUUGGGAUGGAUGUCAAAGCCUUGACAUUUUGUGAUCAAUCUCUUUCGUAUCAUGUCCGAGCCAAGGACUUGGUUGAUCAAAUGACACUACUGGAGAAGGUGCACCAGAUUGGUGAUAAGGCCACUGGUGUGCCAAGGUUAGGCUUGCCCGCGUAUAACUGGUGGUCCGAGGCUCUGCAUGGUGUCUCGGAUUUUGGGGAUGGAGCUACACAUUUUGGAGAUAUUGUCCCUGGUGCAACAAGCUUUCCACCACCCAUACUUACUGUUGCUUCUUUUAAUGAGUCCCUUUGGAAAGCCAUUGGGCAGGCUGUUUCGACAGAAGCAAGAGCAAUGUACAAUCUAGGCCAUGCAGGGCUUACAUAUUGGAGUCCAAAUAUUAAUGUGGUGAGGGAUCCUAGAUGGGGAAGGGCCCUUGAAAUGCCAGGGGAAGAUCCUUUUGUUGCAGGAACUUAUGCAUCGAAUUAUGUUAGAGGCUUGCAGGACAUUGAAGGAACGGAAAAUUUUACUGAUUUAAAUUCUAGGCCUCUCAAAGUUGGUGCAUGUUGCAAGCAUUUGGCAGCUUAUGAUGUUGAUAAUUGGCUUGGAGUCGACAGACUACAUUUUGAUGCCAGGGUGCAUGAACAAGAUAUGGUGGAAACUUUUCUUCCGCCUUUUGAAAUGUGUGUGCGAGAUGGUGAUGUGGUGAGUGUUAUGUGCUCGUACAACAAGAUAAAUGGAAUUCCUGCUUGUGCUGAUACAAAACUCUUGAAAGAUACUGUAAGAGGGGAAUGGGAUCUUCAUGGGUAUAUAGUGUCAGAUUGCGAUUCAAUUGAAGUCAUGAUAGAUAAUCAAAAAUGGCUCAAUGACAAACCUGAAGACACAGUUUCACAAGCACUAAAAGCAGGGUUGGACUUGGAUUGUAUGGGAUCAUACCCCAAGUAUAUGGGCAAUGCUGUAGUGCAAGGGAAGGCUAGGGAAGACUUGAUAGAUAAGGCUCUUAUUAAUCUGUAUGUUGUGCUUAUGAGACUUGGCUUGUUUGAUGGGAAUCCAUCACUUAAAUCGCUUGGCUUGGACAAUGUGUGUCAUAAGGACCACAUUGAAUUGGCAACAGAAGCCGCAAGAGAAGGAAUCGUUCUUUUGAAGAACGAAAAAGAGACUUUGCCUUUGGAUCCUAAGAAAUAUAAUGUUCUUGCACUGGUUGGUCCUCACGCCAAUGCCACAGAGGCUAUGAUCGGAAAUUACAAAGGUAUACCAUGCCAAUAUACCUCUCCUAUUAAUGCAUUCUCUGCAUAUGCCAAAGUAAAGUAUGCAAUGGGUUGUGGAGAUAUUUUAUGCAAGAACGAAAGCUUUAUCAGUGAAGCUUUAGACGCGACUGCUGAAGAAGCGGAUGCUACAAUUAUAUUUGUAGGCCUAGAUCAAACUGUCGAGGCAGAGUACAAGGAUAGAGUCAAUUUAAAUCUUCCUUCUUAUCAACCUCAGCUGAUUCAACAAGUUUCCAAAGUCUCCAAAGGCCCUGUAAUUCUUGUGGUAAUGUCUGCUGGAGGUGUUGAUAUAUCUUUCGCCAAAAAUGAUUCUAAAAUCAAGGCAAUUUUGUGGGCCGGGUAUCCUGGUGAAAGAGGUGGCCAAGCUAUUGCAGAUGUCAUAUUUGGAAAAUACAAUCCAGGAGGAAGGUUGCCUUUAACAUGGUAUGAAGCUAACUAUGUGGACAAGUUGCCAAUGACAUCUAUGCAGCUGAGGCCGAAUGAUAAGUUGGGUCAUCCAGGUCGGACUUAUAAGUUUUUCAAUGGCUCUACAGUUUAUCCAUUCGGAUAUGGUCUCAGUUACACUCGAUUUGAAUACCAUAUUGUGGAUUCAAAAAAAGAUCUUAAGAUCAAAUUAAAUAAGUUCCAGCAUAGUCGCGAGCUGAACUACAAAGACAGCACUUCCAAGCUUGAACGCCACUCUGUAUUGGUUAAUGACUUAAAAUGUGACUAUAAUAUCAAAUUUGAAGUUCGAGUUGAGAACAAGGGAAGUAGAGACGGAGAUGAAGUUGUCAUGGUUUACGCGGUACCUCCUGGAGAUAUUAUUGGAACUCCACUGAAGCAACUGGUUGGAUUCAAAAGAGUUUCUGUUAAGGCUAAGAAAAGUAAAUCAGUCAAAUUUGUUCUGGAUGCUUGUAAAAGCUUGUCCAUUGUUGAUCACAAGGCUUACCAAGUUUUGGCAUCAGGAGAACACAAUAUUAUGAUAGGAGAUAAUGUAUUAUCAUUUCCAAUUCAUGUUAGCUUUGAACAUUAGUAUGCUGGCAGAGUCCAACAUUGCAGGUUUAUCUUUGGUUCAAACUAUUGUUACUUGUUACUACUUGUUAGACUCUUAGGUAGUGGAUUUAGUUUUUCAGGAUUUUUUGAGAUUUUUGAAGUGAAAUUUUAUAUGAUUUGAUGCAGCAA